AUGAAGCACCGAAGCCCCAUCUCAUUAUCUCCAGAUGUUGAGAGGCGUAUCAAGGAUCCCGAAGUUCUCAGGGUCUUACGACUCUUCAUCUCGCUUGGGCAAACCGACAUCAUAGAGUUCCUAAACGGUACAAUCCACAAAAAUCCCCAGGAGGUUCGAAAAACAUUAGAUACUGUCUACUAUUAUGUAAAACGAGGAUUGCAAACUCAGAAAUAUCUUACGGAGCAGAUGAGAACUGCUGCAGAUCCGUCUGAUUGGCCAUACAGUAGUGAAGUAGAUAAGCCCUUCACACCCGAUGAAAAGCAACUUAUAGAAAAGUUUGGGACGCGAUGGCCCACGGUGCGUGGCGCUUUAGAUAUGUUCCGCAACAACUUUGAGCACUGUGUGGAGAAAAGAAAAUGGAAAGGUUCCACAGGGCUGACAUAUCGCGCCUGGAGUACUGUCAAUGUUUGUCCUAACAAACUUCUAUGGGACGGAAAUAGCUCAGCAUAUGAAAAUGAGCGGUUCUUGGCAUAUUUGCAACCAAAGUUCAUAAUUUUUUACCCAGGGCUGGUCAACCUCGCAUUUUUAGAGCAAAAUCAAGUCGAUGAGCUGGAAGGGGACGAAGAACGGUUCGGUGAACAAUGGACAGGCCUGCAGUUUCGCAAGCGAAUUGCAGCUGUAACGUCUGAGACUAUAGAAGAAUGCAGUAGCAUCGACGACAUCUACAUCAAUCUCGAUAGGCUCUGGACAGGGGGAAAGCUUGCGCAAAAGCGGAGACUCAUGCGUACUGAGUUUGUUAGACAGAGUGAUAGGUUAGUGAAGGCCAAUGCGACUGAUUUCGGCAAGUUCUCUUAUGCACGCGGCUGGCAAAAGUUCGAGAACUUCUGGCAACCAGCAGAUAUGGCUGGCAGCAUUCUACAUUUGACUAAGAUGAUGGUGGGGUACAAACCCAGAACAGAUGGUAAUUUGAUUUACAACUCCGAGUCCCUGUCCGCAGUUAGAAUGUAUGGAAUUGUACCCGCUACAACUCAUACAAGCAGCCCCGAAUCUUUGUCAAAUUCUGUAUCAAAAUAUGCAGAAAAGAAUAGAGAAAGAGGCAAAUUGCAUGAUAUGUCUCGAAAAGAACGAACUGAAGUAAAAGAAAGACCACCAACACAAAAUAGUCGUGAUCGUGGAAGCUCGAAAACAAGAACUGGGAGUCAUGGACAACAACAACACCGAGAGAGUGAUAAGAGAGCAGAAUCAAAACCACCAGCAAAGAAAUUAGAAAGUAGUGACAAAGUAAAAACACAUCCGCCAGGACAUUCACAAACAAGAGCUAAACCACACCCACGAGAGAGUGUUAGCAGAGCAGAAGCAAAACCGCCAGCAAAGCAAUCAAGUAGUGGAAGUAGGAAACCAGCUGCUCAAUCUGUUCCAUCUUUAUCACGCACUGGUGGAUCGACAUCCCGGCGCUAA